UUAUAUUUGAUUUUACUAGGUAGCCACAUCAAGCUGGGUGACAGGCAGAUCCAAAGGGAUAUCAUGAAGUUUCCAGGACCUUUGGAAAACCAGAGAUUGUCUUUCCUAUUGGAAAGGGCAAUCUCCAGGGAAGCCCAGAUGUGGAAGGUCAAUGUGCCGAAAAUGAGUACAAAUCAGAAUGUUUCUCCAUCCCAGAGAGAUGAAGUAAUUCAAUGGUUGGCCAAACUCAAAUACCAGUUCAACCUUUACCCAGAAACAUUUGCUCUGGCAAGCAGUCUUCUGGACAGGUUUUUAGCUACAGUAAAAGCCCAUCCAAAAUAUUUGGAUUGUAUUGCAAUCAGCUGUUUCUUUCUAGCUGCUAAGACUGUUGAAGAAGAUGAGAAAAUUCCAGCACUAAAGGUAUUGGCAAGAGACAGUUUCUGUGGCUGUUCCUCAUCUGAGAUUUUGAGGAUGGAGAGAAUUAUUCUGGAUAAGUUGAAUUGGGAUCUUCACACAGCCACACCAUUGGAUUUUCUUCACAUUUUCCAUGCCAUUGCAGUGUCAACUAGGCCUCAGUUACUUUUUAGUUUGCCCAAAUUGAGCCCGUCUCAACAUCUGGCAUUCCUGACCAAGCAACUACUUCACUGUAUGGCCUGCAACCAACUCCUGCAGUUCAAAGGGUCCAUGCUUGCUCUGGCCAUGGUUAGUCUGGAAAUGGAGAAACUCAUUCCCGAUUGGCUUCCUCUUACGAUUGAACUGCUUCAGAAAGCACAGAUGGACAGCUCGCAGUUGAUCCACUGUCGGGAGCUGGCAGCACAUCACCUUUCUGCUCUGCAGUCUUCCCUGCCUCUAAAUUCCGUUUAUGUCUACCGUCCCCUCAAGCACACCCUGGUGUCCUGCGACAGAGGAGCGUUCAAAUUACAUCCCUCCUCUGUCUCAGGCCCAGGUUUCUCCAAGGACAACAGCAAGCCAGAAGUGCCAGUCAGAAGUACAACAGCCUUCUACCAUCACCUCCCAGCUGCCAGUGGGUGUAAGCAUACCUCUGCUAAACGCAAAGUGGAGGAAAUGGAAGUGGACGACUUCUACGAUGGGAUUAAGCGGCUCUACAAUGAAGAUAAUGCUUCAGAGAAUGUGGGUUCUGUGUGCAGCACUGAUUUAUCAAGGCAAGAAGGGCAUGCUUCUCCCUGUCCACCCUUGCAGCCUGUUUCAGUCAUGUAGCUUCAGGUGUUACCUUCCCGUGCACACUAGGGCUGACAGUAAACCAGGAAGGCUGUAGAGAAGGGCGUGUGCUGUAUCAGACUGAGUGAGUGAGCCAGGAGAAAAGAAAAACAAGUGCCCUUUUUGUUCCUUUGUGUGGCUACUUAAAAUUCAACAUUAUUUAAUAUAAAGGCAUAUAUUUAUAGACUCGAUCCAAAAUAUAUUUAAAGAUAAAGUUCUUUGCACUAUGUCAGUUCUACUUUUUUCUUUGUUAAAAUAAUAGUUUGCCCCAUAUCCAGAAAACUAAAAUAAAAAUCAAUGUUUAGGGGGGAAAGUUGCAAAAUUCAAUGCUAGAAACCUUGUUUCCAGUGUCCUCGUUUUUCUAUUGUGUUUUCUUGCCUCUCUGUUGGAUACUUAAUAAGCUUUGUGCUUGAUAUGUUUUCUGACUCCCACUGAAAAGGUAGCCCCAACUUUUUUUAAAAAGCAAUUCAGUAAGCAAUUUUUUUGUGUGGCAUCCAUGUUAAUCCAUGGCUCAAGUUGGUUAGCUCAAAAAGGGCACUUUGAAGCUAUCCACAUGAAUCAAUGGUAACUGAAAAAGUUCUCUUAUUUUGUGUCUCAUUUUAGUUUAAAAACAAGAUAACUUUUUUUUAACCUUUUUGCUUAUCUUAAAGCUUAAAAAUGGUGUGUAAUUUGGACAUUUUGAGCAUUUUUGACAUUUGUAUAAAGAAUUUCUUAUAAAGUUAAUAUAUCUGGGUGCUCACCAAAGAAACAUGUAUGUAACACAUACUUAGAUUUUUGUAACUGAUCUGUUCUUGUUUUUUUUAAAAUGAGUAGGAGCAACUGUCUAGCUAUGGGGCAGCCCUGAUUUGAGUCUAACUUAUAAUUGAAUUCAGUACCCUAGUUUAUAUUAAGCUGUCAGGAUUUUCUUGAUAAGAAGUUAUUCCCCUUGUUUUUCUCUGAGUGACUUCUGUACCCUGAGCUCCCUUUGCAGUCUGAAGAAGGCACUGUAGUCUGAACCAUGGACUGGUGAUAAAGCCUCUGGUAGCAAUAAAAUGUUGUCCUUAA